UUUGCCUUUGGAAAAUGAAAAGACGAUAUAACAAAAAUAAUACAAAUUGAUCAGUUCCUCUAACAAGCAAAAUAUUUAAAAUUCUAAUAAAUCAGCGUUAGUUAAAAGUUAUUUAAGUUUAAUUGAUAUUUAAGUUUUUAAUGAAAAUAAAGAAAUAGAAGAAAUGGAUCAUGAGAUAGAUGAUUCAUUUGAUGAUGCUUUAGCAAAUGUUUGCAUUGCAACGGAACCUAAAGUUAUGAAAUUAUCUAAGCCAGAAAGCACUUCUUCUUCCAUUCAAGCAAAUGCAAAAAAUCAACAGGACACAAAACUUAAUCCAGGACCAACGAAGAGUGUUUCUAGUUCGUAUUCAAUUCUAGUUCAUUCAAAACAACGAGGAAACCCUUUACUAAAAUCAAUAGGAAACUGUCCAAUUGAAUAUCGUGAUGAUAUCCCAGCUGAUUACAUUGUUGGAAGAACAACAUGUAUCUUGUAUUUAUCUUUACAGUAUUAUCACUUACAUCCCGAUUAUAUAUGUGAGAGAUUAAAAAUUUUAGGAAAUAAAUAUGAAUUAAGAGUUUUAUUAAUUCAAGUUGACAUACCUGAACCAUAUAAAUCUCUGAAGAAUCUUACAAGAAUUUGUCUUUUGGCUGACCUUACCAUGGUGUUAGCUUGGAACGCAGAUGAAGCUGGCAAAAUAAUUGAAAACUAUAAAUUGUUAGAAAAGAAGCCACCAGAUAUGAUAAUGGAACGGAUCGAUUCUAAUCCACAUCAAAAAUUAACUUCUGCUUUAACAAAUAUAAAACCCAUUAACAAAACUGAUGCAAUAACAUUACUUCAAAAUUUUGGUAGUUUGGAAAAUAUAAUUUUGGCAUCUGAGGAUCGUUUAUCUUUAGUAACCGGUUUAGGACCACGAAAAGCUAAAAAAUUACAUAAAACAUUAAAUGAACCAUUUUUGAGAGAAUGAAUUUCAGUAACACAAGGUUGUGUAAUAUUUUUAAUUAAAAAAAAAUUUUUUGUACAUUACCAGUUAAAUCAGAAAUAACAAUAAUUAUAAUAAUUAUUGUUAUUUCUGGUAAUAAAAUAAUUGAAAUAAAACCCAAUUUUUGAUGAA